UAAAAUUUUCACUCGUUUCACGUCAAGCGCAUUGUUAAAGUCCAUGUACGGUAGAGGCAGCCAUUUUCACACAUGUUUUUCGCUUUUUCUGGCUUGAAAAUCAACUAGGAAGACUACAGAUUUGCACUUGAGGUCAAUGGCUUUAAAGAGAAUUAACAAGGAACUCCACGAUUUGGGCCGCGAUCCCCCAGCACAAUGCUCGGCUGGGCCCGUUGGAGAUGACCUUUUCCAUUGGCAGGCUACUAUCAUGGGGCCCCCUGACAGUCCAUAUCAGCAGGGUGUGUUUUUCCUCACCAUUCAUUUCCCAACAGACUAUCCUUUCAAGCCACCGAAGGUGGCCUUCACUACGAGAAUCUACCAUCCAAAUAUCAAUAGCAAUGGCAGCAUCUGUCUUGAUAUCCUCAGAUCUCAGUGGUCUCCUGCUCUGACCAUUUCCAAAGUUCUUCUGUCAAUCUGCUCACUGCUGUGUGAUCCAAAUCCAGACGACCCACUGGUUCCUGAGAUUGCUCGUAUCUAUAAGACGGACCGCGAGAAGUACAAUGAGCUGGCCAAGGAGUGGACUCGAAAAUAUGCAAUGUGAUUGACUCAUUUCCCCACUUUGUUGAAUCAUCAAUCUUUCAUCUUGUCUGCUCGUGUGUAUGAUUGUUUAAUCCUCUCUUCUCCUAAAAUCAAACAAGCCCAAUGAAAAAAUUAUUCAAUGAUUCCUUCUGCUAGGGAAGCAGCAUGAAUUUAAUUUCCGGUUAGACUCGCUACUAGUCAAGUCUGCUCGGUAUUGCUUCAAUCUAAAUUCAUUCCUUCCAACUCUUAAAAGUCGGGAGUUUUUUGUUUUAAUAACCUCCAAGCCAAGCACCAGUUGGUUGGUUUUGGCAAAAACAUUUUAUUGUCCUAUCCAUAUGCAAAUUUUUCUUAAAUAAAAGCUGGAUGAACUCGUCUAUGAUGAUUUAUCAUGAAAAAUAUAUGACUAUACAGUCCCAUUUCAUUUAUAUCUAAAGAACAACUUGGAUGGAGAAUUUCCCACAGGUAUGAUGCAAAAUAAUGUUUUCAGAAAACGAGGAAAUUUUUGUAAAUAAAUAUGUAAUUGUUUAGAUUUUUUUAGAGCAUAGAAUAAACGAAGUUCUUAUCUGUAUGUAAAUCAAA